CAUAGAAUGGGACUAAAAAUAUAUCGAGUAAUUGCAGUGUUACGUCCUACUGUUUCCUUUGGUCACUGUAGUGCAAAGUCUAAAAACGACUGCAGACGUUAGUUUGCGCAUUUCAUUUAAUAUUUUAAGUUUACGUAUAAUGUUACCAGAGUUUGUUCCAUCGCACAAUUAAGAGCUUGGUAAAGGAAGGUCGACCAUCUUGGAUCGUGACAUUAGGUGAAGUAAUUGUGCAAAAUUUUUGGCGGGUUCUUUAUGAAACGAGGAAUUUUUGCCAAACAAAGCAAUGGCUCAAAGAAGGAGAGUACUUAUGGUUUGCUUAGGAAACACUUGUCGGUCUCCGAUGGCAGAAGCUGUGUUUAACGAGAAAAUACAGAAACUAGGUUUAAAAGAUUUCUGGGAAGUUGACAGUGCUGCACUAAAAGGAUACCAUACUGGAGAAUAUCCGAACGAAAGAACAAUGUCAACACUUUAUAGUAAAGGAAUCACUAAUUAUAGUCACAGGUCCAGGGUGAUUAAGGAGAGCGACUUCUAUGAGUUCGACUGGAUAUUUGGAAUGGACGAAGCAAAUAUGAAAGAAUUAAAUGAAAUAAGACCAAAAGAUAGCAAAACAAAGGUAGAACUCCUUGGCCAAUAUUAUCCAGACGGAAUAUCGAUUAUAAGAGAUCCAUAUUGUGAUGUCGAUAGCACUGGAUUUGAAAAAGCGUUUGAACAAUGCUCGAAAAGUAUAGAAUCUUUUUUAAAAAGACACAUUUAGGUUGAAUAUAACCUACGAGUUUGAUCAACGGACGGUACAUACCGGUUAGUGUUUGUUAUUGCAAGGUUAUAUUACAUUAUUAAACAUUGAAAACUGUUAAAUACUUCAUGCUUACAUGACAUGAUAAGAAAAUUGUAUUG